AUGGCCAGAGGGGGUCGUGGCGGCGGCAGUCGCAAUCCGGCCAAUCAGCCAAGAGAAGUGCAGGUUUCAAAGAAGAUAAGCUGGUUACUCAGACAUGGAGCUGACCAGGAGGGACUGAAAUUAGGAAAGGGUGGCUAUGUCAAUGUCCAAGAUGCGCUCAACACCAAGGCUCUUCAAAGCCUCAAAAUCACCUUUGCAGAAGUCCGUGACGCAGUCGCAAACAACGAGAAACAGCGCUUCUCCAUGAUUCCAGUCUCUUCACUUGACAAGGAAUCAUCUGAAGUGCCUGUAUCAGAGCAACUGGAAAGCAUACAGGAAUCAGACGAUCCUGCAGACUACGUCAUCCGCGCGAACCAAGGUCACUCGAUCAAGGUCGACAACGAAGGCCUCCUCGUCCCCAUCUCCGCCGAAGCCGGAAACGUGCCCGAGACAGUCGUCCACGGCACCGACGAGCGCGCCUGGAACCUCAUCCUCAAGAGCGGCGGUCUCCGUCCCAUGGGGAGAAACCACAUCCACUUUGCGUCUGGACUGCCCGCUGGAUUCAGAUCCCUCGACUCGACGUCUGCAUCUGCGGACGCUGCGCCCGUUAUAUCCGGUAUGCGCAAGAGUUCGACGAUUCUGGUCUACGUUGAUAUCGAUGCUGCGCUUGCUGCUGGUAUCAAGUUUUUCAUCUCGGAGAAUGGUGUCAUUUUGACAGAGGGCAAUGAGCAGGGCUUUUUGCCGUAUACCUUUUUCAAGCGCGUCGAGAGUAGGAAGAAGGAUGGGGGUGUUCUGAUGAGCGAUGGCAAGUUGCCUGAAGGUGUGGCUGUUGAUGUUGAAGAGUGGGAAAAGGAAGUUGGGCAAGCGAAGAAAGGCAGAGGGGGUGGUGGUCGAGGUGGUCGGGGUGGCGGUGGAAGAGGAGGUAAAGCAAGAGCAGGAAACAAUUCAAGAGACACGACGAGUAAUGCAUAA